AUGCACACCCGAUCUCUGGAUCCCAUCCUUGGGACCCCUCCUCCUCCUUCCCUGCAACUCCUUGAGGACUCUCACGAGGAGUUCCUCGCCAUCCAGCAGCACACUCCGUUCAUAGCCACCCUCUUUCUUGACUUCCUUGGCUUCCCCGUCCUCGGCGCCACCUCCACCCCCACCAUCUUCACUCCCUCCACUUUCCAAGAGGCCAUCACAUGCCCUGACGCGGACAAGUGGAUAGCAGCAAUCUUCCAGGAGUGCGAGGCGUUUAUCCGCAACGACUCCUUCGUCGACGUUCCCCUCCCUGACGGUGCCAAUCUUGUCGAGGGCAAGUGGGUCUUUCGGGUGAAGCAACUGCCGGACGAGGAACCGGUCUACAAGGCCCGCUACUGCGCCAAGGGCUUUACACAGACUCAUGGGGAGGAUUUUUUGUUCACUUACGCCCCCACCGCCAAACCCCCCACCCUUCGCGCAACCCUCGACGUUGGUGCGCGUGAUAACAUGGAGAUCGACUGCAUGGACGUCUCCAAUGCGUUCCUCCAGGGCGACCUGCAUGAGUGCAUUUUCCUCCGCCGGCCGCCUGGGUUCCACGCAGCCUUCCCUGAGAACACUGUCUGGCAGCUGCGUCGCCCUGUCUACGGCUUGAAGCAGGCGCCGCGCGAGUGGCAUGCAAAGCUGGCUGCCACCUUAGGGUCACUCGGCUUCUCUCCCUCCCACUCCGACGCCAGCCUCUUCAUCCGCUCCUCCCCUCGCCGCUUCUUCAUCCUGGUGUACGUGGAUGACAUGAUCCUGCUCUCUGACACGAAGGCCGACAUGGAGCAGAUGAAGCAGUCCCUGCAGCAGCGUCUCAAGUGCAAAGAUCUUGGAGCCCUCACCCACUACCUGGGCAUGGCUAUCACUCGUGACCGCUCUGCUCGCACCAUCACCCUCUCCCAGUCCCAUUACAUCGGCCAGAUCUUGGAGAAGUUCGACAUGGCACAGGCCAAGCCCGUCUCCAACCCCCUCCCCUUCAGCCACCAACUCGCCCCACCCACCUCUCCCACCUCCUCCCCUCACCCCUAUGCCGAGCUCGUUGGGUCCCUGAUGUACGCGAUGAUGUGCACCCGCCCCGACCUCGCCUAUCCCAUCAGCGUGCUCGCUCGCUUCGUCGGCACCGGCCGCCACAGUGAGGAGCACUGGAAGGCGGCCAAGCGGGUCCUCCGCUACCUUCGAGGGACCAAGGACCUUGCCCUCACCCUCGGCGGUUCUUCCCCUCCUCUCCUCUCGGGCUUCAGCGACUCCUCCUGGGCCGACACGCAGCCGGACCGCCGCUCCUCCCAGGGCUACGGCUUCACCCUUGGCAGCGGCCUCAUCAGCUGGCGCUCCACCCGCUCCUCCGCCAUCUCUCUCUCCACCUGCGAGGCCGAGCUCUACGCCGGCACCAUGGCCGCUCAGGAGUCCCGCUGGCUCUGCUUCCUCCUUGCCGAGCUCGGCGCUCCCCAGACAUGCCCCACUCUCUGGUGCGACAAUGCCAGCACCAUCCAUCUCACUGAGGACCCUGUCUACCAUGCCCGCUCCAAGCACAUCGAGCUCCGCUAUUUCUUCAUUCGCGAGCUUGUCCAGAAGGGUCUCAUUGCCGUUCGCAAAAUUGCGACCGAGGCCAACCUGGCCGACAUUUUUACCAAGGCCCUCCUUCGCCCUGCGCACUCCGCUUUCCUCCGCCUCAUCGGCCUCGCUCGCCCGGGCGCUCCUUGA